AUGGAAUCCAAUAAAAAGCCAACCUCAGAUAUACAGGUCAUCAACACAAUAGAAGGCAUAAAGUCACUCGUGGAUGGAAUAGCAAUCCUGAACACCUCCCAUAGAAGCAGCCUGCCAUUACUCUACAUCGACAUUGAGCAAAUGAGUCUCGGUGAAGAUGGAGAACUCAACAUUUUGACGAUCCUGCUGUGCUACGGGCCAGACCUUCGGCGACGCUUCUACCUCGUGGACAUUAGCAUCCUCGCAAACAUGGCUUUUUCGACUCGAGGAUUCUACGGCGCCAGUUUACGAAGUAUUUUGGAUUCUCCAUCUUACCAAAAAGUCUUUUUUGACGUUCGACAUGACUCUCACAUUUUAUACGUUCAGUAUGGUAUCAAGUUGGAGAGGGUUCAUGACCUGCAACUGAUGGAGAGCGCUUGUCGUCCAAACGAAUCUGAGAGAGAAUGUUUACAGCUUUUCGAAACGUUGAUUCACAAAAUGGUUCGUGGCCCAGCGCGACAACGGUGGUUUGUCGACAAGUUCAACGGAGAGUGGCUAUAUAAACGCACCCCUGGAGGAUCCCACAGAUCGCAAAACCGAGUUGAGGAGACUCAGAAGGAGGAGCACAACCCUUUUGCUUGUGGAAGGUUCCGAAAUCCUUGGACUGCUGAGCAGAACAAGAAGCUUGACUCUUGGGCGGAGGAAAAUCCAGAUUUUGUCGAAUUCAGAUUGGUUGGCGGUAUUCUGUGGUGA